GCAAAUUUUUCUCAUACUUGACUGAUCACGGUAUUUUGCCUCUUUAAAUCUGCAACGGGAAUCUUGAUUCAUUUAAGACACAGAACUACUGAUAAAGGAAGAGAGACACUGAAGCGUUGGAUGAUGUGAGAUAGAACUGUUUUGGACUUGAAGAUCAGAUACUGCUUAUUCUAUCCCUUGGUGCCAUUUCUAACCUUGGAUAAAAGGAAGAUUCAUGCCACUGAAUGUCAGACAGAUUUUCUGAGCUCUUACAAGAGUGUGACCUCUGGAAGAAGUUUGUAAGCCUCAGUCUGUUGAAGGGUAUGUUAUAAUUUUGAGCUCAUAAAGGUAGGUAGGUUGAAAUCAAUGAAAAAUAGUUUCCAUUAUGAGAUUUAAAUAUAUAUUCUCCUGUCUCUUUUCAUAAUACUGACUCUGGGCUUCAGAUAUAGUUGGAGGGGUUGGUAGCUGUACUGAUUGCUGUAUAUAUUUUUCCCAGUGCAUUUAGUAUACCAGCGACCAACAAACAAUUGUUGGAACUUUAUCACUAAAUGCAGUGUUCUAUGCAUCAAAGAGGAUGUAAAUGCCGAAUCUUAAAUACUGAUUAAAUUCUUUUGCACAUGGGGAAAUAUGAAAUAAUUUCAAAGGGACGUUUAGCCUUUCAGUUUCCUGUAUGCACCGAGUACUGCUACUGAAUAUGGGGCCGAUAAGUCAUUUUAGGAAAUAAUCUUUCAUAAAUAUGCUUGGUGACAGUAGGUGAGUUCAAGAGAGACUUUAGAGAAUGGAGGUAGGAUGUGAAGUAUCAGCUGACACAACAGGAUGGUGGAACUGAGAUAUUUUUUAAUGGGAAGAUGUAAUUAAUGCAUGUCUUUACUACUAUCUUUUAAUUAGGAUUUAUAGUUAAUUACCAUUUAAUGAGCAGAACCGUAUGCUAGCAAAUCCUUGCUACGCUGUUUAGCGUGUACUCUCAAAAGCUUCAGUUACUUUUGUAGGUUUACUAAUUUUUCUCACAACCAGUGUAAAAAUUCUGAAUCCAGAAGAGUGAGAAGUGGAGAAGGAAAUAGCAGCAGAUUUAUCACAGCUAUGAUACAACUUUCUUUUUGUAAGUCACAUGACAACAUAGGCCAUAGUACAUCCAGUACUUUUCCUGAAACUUCCAAGGCAAUGACUUUCACUUUUCAGAGUUGUUUCAGCAGUCUUCCAGCCCACCUUCCCAUGUAAGUGCAUUAAAGCAGCUAUUUAUGAUGUAGAAGAAAUAGUUUGCUGUUGUAUCAGUUGUUUUUAUCUUAGUCAAGUAAAAGACUGAUGCAGUUAAAUAUUGUGCUCCUGUAUUUACAGAUAGGCUUAAAAGCAGUGUGUAGAUGACACAUCUGUUCUAGUUGCAGUAAUGUUGUGGGUUUGAAACUUGUUUUCUGAACUUCUUAUUGUACUCAAAAGCUGGAUGCACAAGUCAAAUUUAAUAUUUCUAAAGCUAAGGGAGUGGCAGGUGGUAAGUGGUGGAGGAGGAGGAUGAUAUUUGACGUUCAGUGAAACAGAACUGCUUUGACAAGAAUUUUCCUGGUCUUUUUGAAGAGACUGACACGAUCUGUAUUUGAUCUGAAUAUUAUUGAGAGAUGGGGACUGAAUUUUACUUUGUGCAGAUGAAUCAGAACAGGAAGAGGUGCUUUGUUCACACUGACCAAAGUCAGAAGCAGUAUACUGAAGCAGCUAAAUAGGGCCCCUACCUUUGUUAGGAUGUAAAACCCUUAUCUUUGUCAUACUGCAAAAUUUGUCCGUCUUAUUUACUGUCUAUAAUGCUGUCUGUAUUUCAGAUUUUAAGUGACUCUUGAUCUCAAAUGGAAUAAUAAGAAAUAACAAAAGAAACAACAUCAACUUGCCAGGACAGUACAUCUUUCAUAUCAGUAUAUCCUGUCAUUGAAAUACACCAUAAGAAGUGAGAAGGAUCUGUGACUUUCAGUCAUUUUUAUUUAUGUGCAGUUUUUGAUGUUCUUCCUUAAGUUCAGAGAAUCAAAAGGGCUAAACAUCAAACCUUUGUUUGCAGGACAGCCUCUGUCUACUGAAGUAUUUUUUACUACGUAUAUUUAUCUCAGACUAUUCUGCAUGGCAUGGUAUCUUUUAUAAUCAUGUGGUUGCACUAUGUGUUACUGACAAACCAAAUUCUCUCUGUGUUUAGAUCAAAAUCUUAACGUGAAAUGAGUUCAGACUUCCAGAAACUUCUUUUUGACAUUUCUGAGGCUUUGGCCACAGAAGAACUGGAAGCUCUGAAGUUUCUCAGCUUGGAGCAUGUCCCUGUGAGGAAGCAGGAAAAUACUGAGGAUCCCAAAGCUUUCUUUGAAGUGCUGAAGGAGAAAGGGAUGAUUCAGGUGGGGGACGUGUUCUUCUUGAAGGAGCUGCUCUACCGGAUCAAUCGGAUAGACCUUCUGGCUUCCCACCUGGGCUCCAGCCGAGAAGAGAUGGAAAGGGAGCUCCAGGUCCCAGGGAAGGCAAAGGUGUCAGCCUACAGACAACUACUAUAUGGAAUUGCUGAGGACUUAACUCCAGAAGAUGACAGUAGUGUAAAAUUCCUGCUGCAAGAAAAAUUACCAAAGAACAAGCUACGGGAAAAUGCAUCAAUGUUGAAAGUAUUAGUGGAAAUGGAAAGAAAUGAGAUAAUUAAGGAAGAUGACGUAACAAUAUUGAAGAGUAAAUUAAAGUCAUUUAGAGCUGACCUAGUGAAAAGAAUUGAAAAGUAUGAAGAAAAAACAAGAGAAAAUGAUUCUAACAAAAAUCUGAGCUUUCCGGUAUGUGUGUCUGUGCAGCCACCAGGACAAGGAGCAGCCAGCCUGUUUGUGGAAUCAUAUAAGAUGGAAAAUAACCCCCAUGGUUACUGUGUGAUUCUGAACAACUACCGUUUUAAAAAUCCAGAUGAAACCAGAGAAGGGACAGUGCAAGAUGGAGAUGCUCUGAAGAGAGUAUUUAAAUGGCUUCAGUUUAACACAAUUGAGCACAUGAAUCUAGAAGCAAAGCAAAUGUUUGCAAAACUUAAAGAAUACAGUAAAAAAGAUCAUAGCAACAUGGACUGUUUUGUUUGCUUCAUUCUUUCACAUGCCCAAGCUAUUUUUCAUACAGGCCUGCCAGGGCUCUGUAGGUCAUCCAGCUGUCACAGUAAAAGAAGACUGUUCUGAUCAUCUUGAGACAGAUGCUACCCCUCUGCCUUCUAUUCCUGACCGGGCUGAUGUUCUGGUUGGCAUGGCUACUGUGGAAGACUUUGAAUGCUACCGUUGUAAACAUACGG